UGUUAAACGUUUUACAAUACGAAUUUUAACUGUUCCUAAUAUUUUCCCAAAUUUCUUGAAUAUUGCAGAUGGAAAUUAAGAAACUACUUAAAAAUAAUUAAUUCCCAGUGAGUAGUAAUGAAAGGAACAAAGUGCUUUAAUAGGAUUCCAUUACCCACUAAUUGGCUCAAUUUCCGGCUCUAAUAAUAGAAUUUUUCCAAAUACCUUUCUCUCAAUUCUCUCUCAAACAAAUAGAGUAAAAACAAAAAAUUGAUGUGGAAAAUACGCAGGUUAAAUUUGUUGAAAAAAUAAAUGAAUUUCAGGAGUUGUUAUAAAAAUUUUCCUUAAAAUGAUCCAGGAUGUCUAAUGCUUAUUCAGUUAGAAGAAAGCUAUGAUAGAAAAUUGUCAGCAUAGAAGAAUCCUUUAAGGCUUCAGCACAGGAAUAUUCAGUUUACAAAAUGUUCCCAGAAAAAUCCGGAUCUAAUAGACAAAUCCUAUGGAUGAAAACAUUACCAAAAAGAUGAUAUGCUCUGAAAGAAUAAUUCUUGGUGAGAAGAUUACUCCGGUUCGAUUUAAUACUGGCUCAGAGCUCCGGUAUAUAAAUGCAUUGGUAGAAAAUACAUAUAUAGAAAUAUUCUUUGGGAGAAAAAAUGCCACGAUAGAAGAUUGCUCCGCUAAAAGAAUGCUCCGUUGAGAGAAUGCUCCGCUAGAAGAAUUCUUUGCUAGAAGAGUGUUCCGCUAGAAGAAUAAUCCGCUAGAAGAAUGCUAUUUUGAAAGAUGCUCCGUUAAGAAAAUGCUCCAGAGAUCCUGGAAGAAAUAUUUCUUCUCUGGAUCUACUGUGCCAGGGGAUCCAGUGGUUGUAGAUGAGACCGGAGUAGAUAUCAUCCAGGCUUUGGAUAUAUUCUCUCCUGUUCAACCCUCUCAUUCUUCUCCAGGCUCUCGUAGAGCCAUCCCACCAGGACUAAAAAGAGAUGAUGAUUUCCAUAGUCCUGGGGUUGGUGAUUUAGCUUUACAUAGUCCUAGGUUCUCUAGUCCACGACCUCCACCUUGUCCUUCCAGACUUCAACCAUGUCCUCCCCGACCUCCACCCUGUCCGUCCAACCUGAAGGACAGGACCUUGAACAAACUGCUGGACAAGCUGUGUGAGGAGAACCCGGAGAGAACUAAUUAUCUCCGGAAGAAAAAUUGGUUUAACGGAAACAAGAAUUCUUUAUCCAAGCAGAAACUCGAGGCUGUGAAAAGAGGAAAAGAACGAGUGAAAGAUUCUUGUUUUAUCCCGGAACCUUCUCAAGGUUCCACCAGAUCUUCCAACCCGAUAUCUGGUCUCAAGUUAGAGUCGGAACCACAAGAUUUGUUCUCCGGGUAUAAGAAUGCUCUAACCUUCACUGGUACCCUGAGUGAUGAGUUGGGAAGAUUCCUCCCGGCUUCAUUCCUUUUCCCCCAGUCCUAUCCUACAAUAGGAAUACAUCAAUCCACGGGAUGGAUUACAGUCUCCGUAUUAGAUAUACACACACUACAGGUUGAAAACACUGGACAACUUAUUACGGUUCUACAUGGGAACUCCAGGCUUGUUUUAACCUUACUCUCCGCCCUUGAAACCCAGGAGUUUAUGUCCGCCCUGGAGUACAAGAUACGCUAUUGGAACCCGUUCUCUACCCACCUUCUAGUCUUCCAUCCUACCCGUCUCAACACAAAGCUAGAAGUACAAAGCUUUCUAGGAAAAUGGAAUUCUGUCCAAGAAUCUCAUAGGUUGGAACCUAUUGGAGAAUUCUGGUAUAAGGUUGGAGAUCAUACAGAUACUAGAGACUGGAGCACUGGAUUCUUCUAUCUCAAGUUCGGAGUAUUGUAUUGCUGUAGAGAGGAGGGAGAGCUACCAGUUCUAACCCUGGAGCUAAGUGAUCUACCAACCAGACUUCCAGAUCUAGGGAAUAGAUUUCUAAUUCAGGUUGGGAGUUCUCUAACCUUGUCUUCUCCUAGUCUCAACCUUGCUACAUGGACCAGAUCCGUCCUUCACUCUGCUUCAUUCUUCAAGAUGAGAGAUGAUGUUGUGGAUUAUCGGCUCACCUCCUUCCAUAUUAAUAAUAAAGAUCUGAUCCUGGUUCGGGAACCACAAGGAGAAGUUUUCCAGUCUUUCAAACCGGAGAAUAUUCUCCGGGUUCAACUCAACCCAGCAAUACUCACCGUGCACAUGGGUUGGAUCCAGGACUCCAGGAUUGGGGGCGGAUCCAUCCUUCUCCGAGAACCAGGAGAUUAUAAAGAACUUGGUGAAACCUUGGCACAAAUGGUGAAAGUGGAAGAAAUCGUGAAUAUGGGCUCAAAAUAUCCAUAGUACAUGUACAAUUUACUUGCAAAAAAUAUUAAGCAAAAAAAUUUGCUUGCAUUUUGUAUUUUGUGCGUAUUUUUGACGUUAAAGCUUGGAGAUAAAGUAAUAUCCAUAUAUGAUAUAUGGACGCCCUGUGAUAAACUUGAUUUUCUCAAGAAUAUUAAUCAAAGUAAGCACAAUGCACAUGGGACCAAGCGCAAUCAUUUGCCAUGUCUAACUUACAUGGGUAUAAAUGUAAACACUGUAUUUUUUGCAUCAUGCGUAGUUAUUGGUGCCCAACAACCCAACCUAGAGGAAACUGAACUAAGAGUAUUCCGAUCUAAAAAUGUAUUAGAUCUUAAAAUAGGUUUGGUUAAGCUGGUAGAUGAAGUUGGACAUAGUCAUCUAUACUUAGAUUCGUAAAAACGCGCGGGAAUUAAAAAUGCUCGAUAUUUACUGAAAAACUAUGCUCGAUAAUUAGGUCGGUUUCCUCUGGGACAUUUUCCAUAGCAUUGAGAACUCGAUAUGUUAAAGGUUUUUAAUUUUUUAUUAUUGUGGGGUGAUAACAGAAUAGAGAGGAAUCAAAGCCAUCUUUAUUCAAUCUUUUAAUUAGAAACUUUUAAAAUAAGUUUUGAACAAUGAAUUUAUUUAAUUACAUAAGUUUUAAUGCAACCAUCCUUUAGUGACCUUUGUAAUUAGAGGAUAUUGAUCAAAGCGACUUUCAUUCCUCUUUAUUCUGAUUUUAACCGUACAUUGCAUAGAUUUAAGUAUUUUUUUUUGUAGUUAGCUCAGUGAUAAAAGUUCCUUUGCAUGGCAUAAUUUAAACAAUUUGCCAGCAGAGAACUUUCAAAUUUCGGAGAAAACAACUAUUACCUAACACCUUUGAUAUGACAUUUAACAAUUUAAAAAAGAUCAGAUGCAAGUAUAGUGAGAAUCAAUGAACACCUCUAGUAGACUUAAAAAGGCCGAUUCAGCUUAAUUGCUCCAUCGAAAUGCAUGUUUGGGUUUCAACAAUAGUUCUUGACUCCCAUAUACUUAUGUUUAUAAUAUAUCCAUCAUAUAGUGUUGCCCACAAAUGAAAAGACGACUACACGGAACAGAACGUAUUUAGUCUUUUACAUUCCAUGGUUAACGGCACAUAUUUCGUAAACAAAAAGUGAACUGUUUUCAUAACAAAAGAUCAAAUUUAAUCUUCAUACACACAGGUCGUCUUUGAAGUCUCAUCAUUCGUAGGUAAUCCUGUAUGUACUUUUAUUUCUGAUAUUCAAAUAUGAUAAAUAUAUUUUAUGCAGCAUUUAAUUAAUAUUUAUUCGAAAUAAAUGUGUCAAAAGCUA